AUGGCUGUGAUCAACUUCUCUGCGUUGGCAAUACCCGACGAUUCGACAUUUGAGGAAGUUUUCAAGACGCGUUGUGAGAUCGGCUGGAGCGAAGCAACAUUACAUCUUCCCAAGGCAGGCUAUAAAGUGUAUUUGGUGCUGGACGAGACGCAAGUGCUCUUCAAAAAUGGAAACUCAUCUCCGAAAUGCAAAUCCAGUGGUUUCUGGGAGCUGGUCAAGUAUUUUCUCAGCGACGCGCACCACAACGUCAGAGUAUUGAUGUUUGCAGCGUAUGGCUCUCGUGUGGAGCGGUCCAGUCUCGCUACUCCAAUCCACUUCGAGAAACAGAUUGUGUUGGGUUCCGACAAGCUGAACUUUAGCCAUGCCGAAGUCGUCGAGUACGUCACCAAGUGGUUCAAGGGCGUUGAUGGGUUGUCGUCGCCAGAGAUGGAGGCAUUCUGUGCCAACGUGGAAGAGCUGACGGGUGGGCACGUGGGUCUCUGUACGACUGUGAUUCAUGCACUCAACGAAGUCUAUGCCUCGCGUGGCAAGAGUGUGAUUGAUCUUCCAUCGCCUGCCGAGUGGAUCCGUAUGCUGCAAAGUGGGUCGUUGUAUCGAACCAACGAUAACGCGCUGUUUGAAGCCAUGACAUCAACACGUGCUGUAGAAGUGUUGAAAGACCUCAAGUCGGACGAGCUGGAUCGACUGGAACGCAUUGCUUAUGGUGCCGACCCUCAUUCUGAUGCUGUUUUCGUCGAGCAAUGUUUGCGAACGGGUAUUCUGGUGGAAACGGAGCGCCAGCUUGUGUUCUCAUCGCCAGUGAUGUGGCGACUCUUCGUCAGGAUGCGCGUUGGUCAGACCGUCCGAGCACUUCACGUUCCCAAGACGCUUCCAGAGAUGAUCGCUCGAUUGGUACGAGCGAUUGACUACGAGAGCAUCUGUCAAACGCUUGGCAGAAGUUUGUCGAGUGGUAUCCCAUUGGAAAGAUCGUGGCAAAUGGAGUUUUACAAGACUGCGUAUCGCUGCACACCAAACACUUUAGUGACGUCAGUCGAUGUCGGUGCGUUGUUUGGAUCCAGCGGGUUUGUUGAUUUUACAAUUCAUGGCAAUAACUUCUUUUGGGGUAUCGAGUUGUUGCGAGAAGCCAGCAACUUGGCCGAACACAUCGACGAAUUUGCGCCUGGUGGCCGCUACUCCUCACUCGGAUUGACCGAUUUCUGUCUGAUUGAUUUUCGACGUGUUGCUUCGAUUGACGAUGUGCCGAUGGAACGUAUCGCAGCAGACAUGCUCCGCUGCGAAAAGCUUUUUGUCGUGUGUUAUGACGCACAAAUGGCGGGUGUUGUGGUGUUUAAUUCCGCCAUGAAUGUCGUCUAUAGGGUUUAA